GAAAAAUUAAAACUUGAUGCUGAGAGGGAAAAACUAGAGAGGCUUCAGGAGCUUUACUCCGAGCAGAAGACGCAGCUUGAUAAUUGUCCUGAGUCCAUGAGGGAACAGUUACAGCAGCAGCUGAAGAGGGAUGCUGAUCUUCUGGACAUAGAAAGCAAACACUUCGAAGAUUUGGAAUUUCAGCAGCUUGAACAUGAAAGCAGGUUAGAUGAAGAGAAGGAAAAUCUGACCCAACAGCUCCUGCAUGAAGUAGCUGAAUAUCAGCGCAGCAUUGUCAGUAGAAAGGAAAAGAUUUCUGCCCUCAAAAAACAAGCCAAUCAUAUUGUCCAACAAGCACAAAGAGAACAAGAUCAUUUUGUAAAGGAGAAAAACAACUUAAUAAUGAUGCUGCAAAGGGAAAAAGAGAAUCUCUGUAAUCUGGAAAAGAAAUAUUCCACACUUUCAGGAGGAAAGGGAUUUCCUGUCAGUCCCAAUAGUCUGAAAGAGGGCUAUAUCAGUGUAAGUGAAAUUAGUGAGCUGUAUGGCAAUUCCACGAGUAUAUCCCCUUCCACUCAGACCCCCACAGAUGCUGAAGCAGUUGCCACUGAGCCUUCCACGGCUCUAAGAUCACCUCUCUGUUCUGGAUUUGUGUUUCCUCACUCUCUUUCUCCUCGCUCUAUUGCUCAACUUCCAUCAGUCCAUUGGCCUGAGGUCAUGGCUACUCAUGUAGAUCCUAUUCCUUUAUCUGAUACACCUCCACCUCUGCCAGCUAAGAAACACCGCAGGCAACAACAGCAUUUCAGAAACAUGGAAGAGCGCAAGAAGCAGCACAGGGAAUGCACAUACAUGAGUGACACGUUACCUCGUAAGAAAACUACUCCAUCUGUAUCACCACACUUCAACAGUGCUACGCUUGGGCGAAACAUUGCAUCCAAAGGACAUUUGCCAUUAGGACAGAGCAACAGCUGUGGGAGUGUACUUCCUCACUGCCUGGCAACCAUGACCAAAGAGUCAGAGUCGAGAAGGAUGCACAAAGGGUAUAACCAUCAGCGUAUGUGUGAAAACCAAAGGCAGAAGUCUCCUGAGUUCUACAGCAGAACAGCAUCUGAAUCCAAUGUGUAUUUGAAUAGUUUCCAUUACCCAGAUCGUAGUUACAAGGACCAUGCCUUUGAUACAUUAAGCUUAGACAGUUCUGACAGCAUGGAGACAAGCAUAUCAGCAUGCUCACCAGACAACAUUUCCAGUGCUAGCACUUCAAAUGUUGCAAGAAUAGAAGAGAUGGAGAGACUUCUGAAACAAGCACAUGCUGAAAAGACUAGGCUGCUCGAGACCAGGGAACGGGAGAUGGAAGCUAAAAAACGAGCUCUGGAAGAGGAAAAACGCCGCAGAGAGCAACUGGAGAAAAGACUGGAAGAAGAAACUAGCCAGAGGCAAAAAUUAAUUGAAAAGGAAGUCAAAAUACGUGAGAAACAAAGAGCACAGGCUCGACCCUUGACUCGCUAUUUGCCUGUUAGAAAGGAAGACUUUGACCUACGAAGUCACAUCGAAACAGCUGGGCACAACAUAGAGACCUGUUACCAUAUCUCCCUCACAGAGAAGACCUGCCGAGGCUUUCUGAUUAAAAUGGGAGGAAAAAUUAAAACGUGGAAAAAGCGAUGGUUUGUUUUUGACAGAAACAAGAGAACGUUUACUUAUUAUGCAGACAAACAUGAAACUAAAUUAAAAGGUGUAAUAUAUUUUCAAGCUAUUGAAGAAGUCUAUUAUGAUCAUCUAAAGAAUGCAUAUAAGAGUCCCAACCCGUUGCUCACUUUCAGUGUUAAGACCCAUGACCGCAUAUACUAUAUGGUUGCUCCUUCGCCAGAAGCCAUGAGGAUAUGGAUGGAUGUUAUUGUGACAGGCGCAGAAGGCUACACCCAUUUCAUGUUAUAA